CAUAUACAUCACCCUCCAAAAUAAGUGACCGCUUUAACUUUUAUUUAUUUAUUCAUCUUUUAAUACAAACCAUGUCCAUUCGUGCUGUCUUGAUUGACUUGAGUGGCACCAUUCACAUUGACAAUAAGGUCAUUCCAGGUGCUAUUGAAGCGAUACAACGUCUGAAAAAAUCAAAUAUCCCCUUUCGGUUUGCUACAAAUACAACCAAAGUCUCUACGAAACAACUGGUUGAAAAGUUAUCAGGCCUUGGUUUCCAAGUUGAAGACAAAGAUGUGUUUACAUCAUUAUCUGCGUGUCGUGAUAUGAUUAUAUGCAAACAACUCAGGCCCAUGUUACUGAUGGAAGAUGGGGCUAUGGAAGAGUUUGCAGGUAUCGAUACAUACAAGCCUAAUGCAGUGGUAGUCGGUUUAGCACCAUCCAAAUUCCAUUAUGAAAAGCUGAAUGAGGCGUUUCGACUGAUGGUAUCUGAUCCAAAUGUUCCCUUGAUCGCCGUUCAUGAGGCCAAAUACUUUGCGGAUAAGGAUGAGAAAUUAUCCAUGGGACCAGGAGGUUUUGUAAAAGCACUUGAAUUUGCAACUGGGACAAAAGCAACUGUUGUUGGCAAACCAACCGUAGAAUUCUUUCAAUUGGCUCUUAAACAAAUUGGCAUGGAAAAUGCACCAGAACAAGUAGCAAUGAUUGGCGACGAUGUAUCUAAUGAUUUAGGCGGUGGAGCAAAGGAAUUGGGUUUACAUCGUUUCUUGGUGCAAACCGGAAAAUAUCGAAAGGGAGAUUGUAAUGCAAGUGAAGGAUUAAACGUUUUCAAGUCAAUUGUAGAAGCUAUCGACCAUAUCAUUGCUCAAUACAAAUAGGGGUUCAAAGUAGUACUACCCUAAAAAGUAAUAAAAUUAUUUAUUUAUUUAUUUUGUCC